AUUACAGUAUAUAGAAUAAGAUCUCUGAUAUAUUAUUCAUAUGCAUGAUUUUAUUGAUACCCGUAAACCUUAAAAUAGGAGCUGUAUUUAUUUUUUUACUGUUUACCUUUGUUACAAAGAGCUAACCACCUCAUAGAUGAUGACGAAAGAAAUGACGUCACUUAGUUUACAAAUAUACACGAAGGUAUUUUGUAUUCACUGGGAUUACAGUUGGGAUUUCUAUUGUGAUUUGAUUUAAAGAAGCAUCUUUAUACCUAUAAUUUUGUUGACAAGGUAGGUGAUGUAUUUGUGAUUCCGAAUGUCUUAUUGCCUAUAUAUUGAAGGUUCGACAAACCGUCCAUCAUUUUCUUUUUAAAACGGUAUCAUUUCCGAAUUUCCUCGUCCAUAAUGUGCAGUGAAAAAGGCUCACAAAAGGCACUGAUUCUUCUCCUUCUGCCAAGCGGGCAAAACAUAAAGUAGGCCGCCAUACUUAAUGACUACUUAAUGAAGACCCCUUACCUUCAUUAAAAUUGAGGAAUUUAAUGAAGGUUUAAUGCACCGAUUCGUUCAUUAAAACAUUGAUACAACGGAAUUUAUUGACACAUUAAAAAUGAUCAGUUUAAUGAAGCUUUAAUCAUUCAUUAAAUAUUGAUACAACCGGAUCCUGCUGAUUAAAGUGCUGUCAAGAUUACAAUCAAGCAACAUGGGUGCGCCAACAUCUUUGCAAGAGGCUGACCAAGGGUCAUCUUUGUCCGGUACAAAAAAAUGGUCCAGUUCUGGAGGUUCUGUUGUAUCGGCCAGUAAAACUACUUCAGGAGACAGUGUUCGAUUCCAGAUAGAAGUGACGUUCUCUGAUUCUACGGUGCCUUUCUGGGUAGUUGAUCAACGGUUCAUUGGAGCCGAUGAAAAGGACUUUGGUUCAACAACAGAGACGUUAUCCAACACUACUCUAUUCACUUUGGAUGCCAAAAAGCCUGCAAGUUUUGUUAUGUUCGGUAUCCCUAGCAAAGACGACAUGAGCACAAACAUUAUAUUCGACACAGAAGGAGAAGAUGGUACUCUUAAAUUUGACAACCCAGUUACCUGUCAGUCAUCAUUCUCUAAAACCUCCGAUUCUGAUUAUAAUUUCUUCUACCGUUGUAAUCCUGAACUUGAUCCUAGAAAUGACUGGUACUUGGAAGUUAGAUUGUUUGCCAGCGUUAAAAAUGAGAUGGCCGAAUAUAUUUACCUUGAAUCGAGGGAAACUAAGUAUGUUAAUGUUACCUAUCUACGAAACUCAACAACAGAAGCAACAGUUGUACUUUCAGAUGAAACUUUGGAGAAGCUAGGGGAUUUCCUAUUUCUGGAGAGCUCUCUUAGAAUACGUAUGAGUAUCGUAAUCGAGUCCAUAAUGUACAGAAGUUAUUAUGAUAUAAGUAAAACUAAAUCGGCGAACAAUUUCAAAUUUUUGGAACAAUUCCCAGCGCCACCGUAUUUGGAAGGAGAUAUGGUACCACUUAAUUGCGAAGCACUUGGAAGAAAUCCUCCACCCAUACAAGUGGAAAAAAAUGGCGCUGAGAUACGUUCAUCACAGACUGCUUAUAUUUUCAAAAAUACUACACAGAUCUGGUCCUCUUCUUUUGUUACUUUUCUUCGUGCAUCAAAGGAAAUAGAGGGCAACUAUUCUUGUGUGAUAGAGAAGGAUGGCGAAAAACUUAUUUCUCCUGAGAAGAUUGAAGUUGAACUAAAACCAAGAUUGCGAUGGGAUCUGACCAAGAUACUUCCAAGCAAACAAAAUCAGACUCGUGUACGUGUAGUUGUGGAAGGAGCAGUUGGUGUUUCGUUGAACUGCAGUGACAACUCCUGGUCAAGGAAAGAGAAUCCUCCUGCUAACAAGGAAAAAAGAACAAAAAUAUCGGAGUGGAAUGAACGGUUAGAGGUUAAGUACACAUGGAGGAAGGUGAACAUUAUUCCGGAAGCAUACAAAUAUUCCUCGGAUUCUCCAUCUCUUUCUUGCAUCGCAAAAGACAGAAAUGGCGACUUGACAUUUGAACACACUUUCUGGCAGUAAUGUAAAAAAAAUCCCCUUUAAGUAGAAAUAAUUUGUUUUUGUGGAUCCAUAUCUGUUUUAUACCUCAUCUUGAAUCGACUGUUGCACAAUGCGUCUAAGAUUUCUUCUUGUGCAGUAAUAAAAUGAUAGAUGGCUGAUAAAGCAAUUGCUUACCCUAGCAAACAUCUGCAUGUACUGUUCAUGUAGUCUUUGUAUUUCUUUUUUAUCAGUUACGUUAUUUCAAAAAUCUUCAUAAAACAGAU